AAAACUUCUACUGCUUCUAAAACCCCAAAAUUUCUCAGAAACCAAACACAUACAAUCACUUCGAAAACAUAAAGUAGGGUUCAAAGGGAAAGAAAAUAGACAUCAACCAUUAAUAAUUAAUUAUCGAAACAUAAAGAAAAGAGAAACGGAUUAACGAAUCAAUGAGGAGAAUACCGUUAAUUGGAAGAGCUCGAGAGGGCAAAGGCCGGACAAGUAGAGGCGGCAGACAUCGCGGUCGUAGUACUGCCGAUUCACCUCCUUACGUCGCCAUUGCGGUUCGCGCCCAUCAGCACAUCGAGCUGCUUCCGCAUGGCAUCCAUCGUUUUUCUCCUAGGAUAUGUUUGGAUAAAAAUUAGUAAAGGGAAGUGGAGGAAAUGGAGGAGAAGGGAACAGAGGGGAAGGGAAGGGGAGUAAAGAUUAGUAUUAAUUAUGUUUGAAUAAAU